AUGGAGCACUCGGACGGGACAACGGACGUUGUUCACCCCGAAGUUCGGGCGCACAUCAACAGUCUCGUGUCUGCACUCGGUGGCACCAGCGCCGACGACGAUGGCCAAUACCGACUUGGUGAUGACGCGACCGAAGUACUCCGCGACCUGAAGAAAUGGAUUCGAUUUUACGACGAAAAGACCAAUCGCAUGGACGUUGCCCGCUGCAUCGCCGAAGCCAACCUCGUCGAAGGCGACCUGUUGCCGAUUCUCGCAGGAUGGCCGGAAAGUGCCACAGACAACAAGUUCAGGGCGCGCAUCGCACUGGCUUGCUUCGAGAUAUUGGUGCCUCUCACAUGGCCCAUCGACAAAGACCCCGAACGAAUGACCAACAAUCACCACCGACACAUGCCUGUUCUCGAACUUGCCCAAUUGGGCUACAAGAGAGCUAUUAUCAACUACGACGCUGCCCAGAUCCUCCAUACUGCAGUUCGAGCUGCUCUUCCCUCGAUGGCUACCUCAAUUGGCGACCGUACACCCCGCGACCACGGUAUCAUCAAGCUUGCGCUCUUCUUUUUGCGCAACAUUGCCAUGAUUGUCCCUCCACCGAACGUCAAGUUUGACGGCGACGAAACGAUGAUUUCCCGCUCCACAACCAUUGAUACGUUCUCCUUCCAAGACAUUUUCGCGGUCAUCUUAAUGAUUGCCUCGAACAUGGGGGAAGACUUCCGCACUGAGGAUGUAACUGUCAUGGAAAUCAUCUUCCACCUGGUCAAACAGGUCGAUUCCAAGAAGUUAUUCAUGGAUGAACGACAGCUUAGCAAAACAAAAGCCAAGGAGCUCUCCGACAUGAUGAACAAGGAGAAGGCCAUGCGGACUGCGUACAACCGUAAGCAACCCACACGUCACAAUCGAUUCGGCACCAUGGUCUGGAUGCAGCGAGGAGACGGAAGGGUAUCAACCAUCACGGGCCAGGAUGCGCUUGGCGACAGUGCCAUUCGGCAACAAAAACUGGACGAAUCAAAAACGUUCAAACCGGCACGGAGGGCCAGAAAGGAUGAGGUGGAACCCAAAGAUCUCGGUGCUCCUGUGAAACUCAAUUCGAGAGCCAGUGGACAGCUUCGGACAUUUGUUGAGGACUUCCUCGACGCGGGCUUCAACCCGCUGUUUGAACACGUCCGCAAGUCAAUCGACCGAGAGGCAUCGCAUGUCCUGACCUACCACCGUAGGCAGUUCAUGUACCUGGUAGCUUGGUUUUUGGAAGCCGAAAGAAACCGCAGAAAAUCGAAACGCGACGCAAAGAAGCCGAAUGCCCCUGACGAAGUGAGCAGCUUCAACCUGGUAGCUGGAGUAUUGCACCAGGAGAUGUUCAUCACCCUCACCAAGACUAUGCACGACUCCUGGGAACACAAGGAAUGGCCGACGUUGACAGCUGCGUUUCGAUGCUUUACUCAAAUUCUUCUCACCGUUCAAGAAAUGUCCGAAUCUGGCAACGAGGAUAACGAAGAAAUCGCCGAAAACAUCUUAAGCCGUCUCUUUUACGAAGAUUCGACACACGAUCUGAUUGCGAACGUUGUCAGGCAAUACAAAGACCAAGGCUUUGAAUACCUCGACUCUGCAACAGAACUGACACAUCACUUUCUCCGUAUUCUGGAGGCAUAUUCCAAACAAAACGUGGACAUGCAAGUGAGGUCUCGCAAGCGGACUAGGAAGAAGAAGAAGGCCGCUCAGGAUGCUGCUGGAUCAGACAACGUCGAUGAACAAGGGGAUGAAUCCGCUAACGACGAAGCCAAUGCGGAACGAGAGUCAAAAGAGCGCAAAUUCGACUUCCACCGAUUCACUUCCCGCUUCACCCCCCAGGGAGUGGUCGAUACAUUUGUUGCCUUCACCAAGUACUACAGAGACCUUGACGACUCUCAGCUGAAGCGCGCUCACCGCUACUUUUACCGCGUAGCGUUUAAGCAAGAGAUGAGUGUCAUGCUCUUCCGUGUUGAUAUCGUGCAUCUCUUCCACAGCAUGAUCAAAGGACCUGAGCCUCUUGACAAGCACUCCGGGAUGUACAAGGAGUGGGAAGAGCUCUCCAAGCAGAUACUGAGGAAAUGCAUCCGCAAGAUCGAACAGCGGCCUGAACUUGUCAUCGAGAUGCUGUUCUCCAAGAUAAACAGUACGGCACAUUACCUGGAGUUCGGGUACGAGAAGCAGACCAUCUCAACGUCGCACGCCAAGCCCGCAGCGGAGCUCGAGUUCAAGCACACAGAGGACAGAGAACAGCAAAUCGCGAUUGCAAUUGGCGCUCUGCUCGACAAGAACCAACUGGAUCACAUCGCCUGGGUCAAGAAGACGCUCGAGACUGUCGAAGCUGAACGUCGUGCCUGGGCAGCAGCCAAUCAAGUAAUUCCUUCUGUUGAGGGCACUGAAACACCCACCGAAGACGCUGCUGCAACGGAUCCAGCCAACCUCCCCGAUGUCUACACUGUACGUCCAGACGAUGACUCCCGCAAAACUGCCAUGUUCAAGAACUCGCAUCUGCGCCUUCUCAUGAAGCUCGUGGGAAUGGAAAGACUUGCUCCCAUGAUCGAUGAAACACCUCAAUCUCUAUGGGUGCUACCUCCCCACGUUACUGCAGACCACCUGCGCGAAAGUCUUGACUUCAUCAACAAAGCCGAGUUCAGCCCGCCCGUCUUCGACGACGGCCGUUCAGCUGAAGAUCAGCUUCGGCGCAAGAAGGCGCCGCGGAUCCGCGCCGAGUACGAUGAUGACGAUGAUGACUUGGACGAUGGAUUCCUUUUCGAUCCCCUGGGCCCUACGGUCCACAAAAACAUCGAUGAACCUGCGAAGAAGCCGAAGAAGAGGCGUCGCAGAAAGGUAGCCUCGGAUGAGGAGGCUCCGAACGACUCGGAGCUUGAGGAGAAGGCAAGGAAACGCAGAGACCGCGAGAGAGAGAAGAUGAGAAAGAUCAAGAGCGAGGCAUACGUGCAUGCCAGCGAUGAUGAGACCGAUGAGGAGCGCGACCGCGAGUUCUUCCUGCGAGAAGAAGCACAGCGAUCACGCGUGGCCCGCGUUGUAGAGAGGGUGGCUUUGGCUCAGCCAGAUAAGCGACCAGCUGCAACGCUGCUUGAGGACAGUGAUGACAACGACGACGAUGUCCUAGCUGUGACAAGGGGCACUCCCCAGUCGACUCGGCCCAGUGCAGAUGUGGACAUGGAGGACCGGAGCGAUGGCGAACAGAACGGGGCUGAUGACCCCACGCCACCUACGUCAAGCCAGGCGUCGUCGCAGAGUAAAGGAACGAGAAAGCGGAGGAGAUUGUCUCCUGAAGAGUCUGCGGUGACUGAAGAGAGUAAGGCGGACAAGGGUGCGGACGCUGACACUGAGGGUGACGAAGAUGAAGACGUGCCAGCGGCUGCGGCACGGUCGAGGAAACGUACGAGAGGUGGAUUUGUUAUGGAUAGCAGCGAUGAAGAAUAA